CAAAAAUUGAAGGAGCCUGAAAAGCCCAAAGUGAUUGAAAAAUCGAAUGAGCCUGAAAAGCCCAAAGUGGUCCCGCCUGAAAAUCCUAAAGAACCCGAGAAGCCGCCUAAGAAGCCUGAAGUGUUCCAAAAAUUGAAGGCGCCUGAAAAGCCUGAAGUGGUCCAAAAAUUGAAGGAGCCUGAAAAGAUCAAAGUGAUCCCGCCUGAAAAGCCUAAAGAACCCGAGAAGCCGCCUGAAGUAAUCCAAAUAUUGAAGGAGCCUGAAAAACCCAAAGUGAUUGAAAAAUCGAAGGAGCCUGAAAAGCCCGAAGUGAUCCCCCCUGAAAAAUCUAAAGAACCCGAGAAGCCGCCUGAAAAACCUAAAGUGGUCCAAAUAUUGAAGGAGCCUGAAAAACCCAAAGUGAUUGAAAAAUCGAAGGAGCCUGAAAAGCCCAAAGUGGUUGAAAAACCGAAGGAGCCCGAAAAGCCUAAAGAGCCAGAACCUGAGAAACCUAAAGUGGUUGUGGUCGAGAAGCCUAAAGAACCAGAGAAGCCCAAAGUGGUAGAGAAGCCCAAAGAGCCCGAAAAACCCAAACAACCCGAGAAGCCCAAGGAGCCUCCAAAGCCUAAAGAACCAGAAAAGCCGAAGGAGGUUCAGAAGCCCAAAGAACCUGAAAAGCCUAAAGAGUCCGAGAAGCCCAAAGAAGCACCUAAACCAACACCGGUAGCUCCACCUCCACAACAACCACAACCGCAACCACAACCACAGUUUCCGCCAGCUCCGGAGCCAGUGAUCGUGAUGCCAAUUCAAGGAUAUCCACACCAACCCCCUCCAGGAUACUGCUGCGACCAAUGUUACGGAGGCUAUACCGGGGGCCCGUGUUACCACGAUUGGUAUGGAAGACCAGUCCAACCACCUCCACCGGCCCCAUGCUACGAUACAUAUUCGUAUGGAUAUGGGCCCGGGCCAGGCCCGGUACCUUAUGGACUCCCAAAGGGUUGUUAUGUGAACAAAUGUGAUUACUUUAGUGAAGAAAAUGCAUCUGGAUGCUCAAUUAUGUGACCAUGUUGGCCCAUUACUAGGGCCCAUAGGCCCAAUUACCUUUCAAUUGGGCCUCCUCACCAAAAGUCCAAAACAAAAUUUGGAUUUAUCUAGCUAUCUUUUUUGUAUUUCAUUGUUGUAUAUAGAAAAAAGUUGAUAUGAGGGAAUAAUUUGGUGACCAAAUUAUUGGUUAACUGUCUUGUGACAUAAUGCCUUUAAAUGAUUAGUAAUAAAACACUUUCUUAAUCA